UUUAAUUUCAAUAGAAUGGUCCCUACUGAACGUUCAAUGGAUUCGAUUACUGUAGUUUUUCCGCUGCCUUUUCAGCAUCACAUCAUUACCCACCGAGUUUGGGUAGCGAAAUUCGGCACAUCGGAGACUAUGUUGGUGAUGCCGACGACGACGAUGAGGACGACGAGCCGGGACGACGUCGUCGUUGGUUACUCUACCGUGGUGGCCCAGUCUGAUCUGGAUCUUCGGCGGUUUCGGUUGCCCAACCCGAGUUGUAGUAUGUAGGGAAAAUCCGUGAAAACACGCGUGAAAAAGCGAUUGUGAUACGUCUCUAUCUCCCCAUCGAGUGAGCGUGAAAAUUCAAACGAGUUUUCACCCGCGGCGUUCUAAUCUUCUUUUUUUUGCUUCCUCGCCUGUCGAGAUGCGGUGGUGCGCUGUUAGUCAAAUUGGAUGGAAAUGAACCAUCUGUUGAUCGUUGACCGCAGGCAGCAGCUAUGAAUAUGAAAGGAAAACGUGAGCAGAGCGAUGAAAAUUAAUAGCAAAAUUAAUAUACCAUAGAGAAGCAGAUUAUUCGAAGCAAUCAGUGGCCUGUCCAGGAAAAUUUAUGGCGCCAAAAUGUGAUGUAGUGCUGCACCUUUCUAGGAAAUUUAUAGAGUUUAACGAGUGAUAAAAAGAGUGUCCGAGAUGGCGAAUUCUCCGGAAAAUGGAACGGUCAACAGUGAUCUCAUGGAGCAUUUCAAGAAGAUUGAUGUGAAAAUCGUCGACCAAGAACAAGAGGCUUUCACGGUGCGGGUUGUGAAGUUCUGGAAAAGGUUGGAGAUUAAGAAAGCAUUAUCUCACGUGGGUUUGCUGUUGUCGUUGGCGAUAUACUGUGGCGUGGGAGGAGUGAUAUUCAGGGAACUAGAAUUGCCGGCGGAAGUGGCGCGAACCAAAGGCCUACGGGAAUCGUUGGUGGAACAACGUGAGCAUUUUAUUUAUUCCAUCGUGAACAAUACCGAUGUAAGAAAUCUGGAUACAUUGUUCUCAUUAGAAUUAGAAAAGUACGAAAAGGUUGUACAAGAUGCCGCACAGGGAGGCAUUUCCAUAGACGUGGACAACAAUUUCCCAGUGGCAUCGGAGAAAUGGAGCAUCCUACAGGCCGUAUUCUUCGCUUCAACGGUCCUAACAACUAUCGGUUAUGGAAACAUAGUACCGGUGACGCUAUGGGGGCGAAUAUUCUGCAUACUAUUCGCACUGAUCGGCAUUCCCUUGACGCUGACGGUGAUUGCUGACUGGGGGCGGCUCUUCGCGACGGCUGUUUCCGUCAUUGGGAAACACUGGAAGACCAUACUUCCCUUUGCAAGAUUUUGUCCCGAAGAUGAGCGAAGAAUGAGCGACAAGAAAUGGCUUUACGCUGUUGGCGCUGUUUGCUUUCUAGGAGUUUACCUUGCAGCUGGAACUGGCCUACUGUUGCUGUGGGAAGAAGACUGGAACUUCUUCGAUGGAUACUAUUUCUGCUUUAUCACCAUGACUACUAUUGGAUUUGGUGAUCUGGUUCCAAGUAAACCGAACUACAUGCUGCUUUGUACCUUGUAUAUUUUGGUUGGAUUGGCUCUGACUUCAACAAUCAUAGAACUCGUGCGACGCCAGUAUGCACAAAGUUGGCAAAAACUACAGGCUUUAUCGGGCCCUCUCGCCGACACGCUGCGCCGGCUGGGCGAGUCGGCUGGAACUGGAAUCGACGUCACAGCCUUACAUAACGAUCUGAGACGCGUUCUCACCGUGGUCUCCAUGCCGCGACGUCACGGCAGCAAAAAGAACGAUCCUAGUGAAAUGGCCGCCCUGGAAGCAAUUACCAACGCAAUACUGCAAGACAUCAAGGAAAAGCAGGAAAGCAAGGAACCACCGAAAGUUGUUCAGAUUGUCAUCUACGAAUCGUCCGUUUAGAGAGCGAUAUCACCGAAGCGACACGUGAUUGAAAUUUUUACGACGAUGACACCUUCGACGCACCUGAAUGAAGGAAGAUGCUGCCGUUUAUAUCGGUGAAACCAGUUUUGGCGCGUCAUCAUAGAACAUUCUCAGAGUAGAACGUCCAUAAAUAGUAGGAAUAAUUGUGCACACAGAAUCGUAAAUUUUGAACUGGAGGACGAAACUUUAUGUGCAUUCUGUUAAUUAGUAUAACGUAUUGUUAGUCAAGCAAUUAUCAUUAUUAUAAUGAGAUAACUUUUACAAUAUCCUAAUAUUACAUAACGACCAUUAAACUGCUUAUGACGUAUUGUAUCGUCCAGGUAGUGUUAAAAUCGCAUAAAGUUAAAUUAAUCUGAGGCCUUUAUUUAAAUAUCAGAAGGCUUUUAUAAAACGGUCAUAUGUGGACAUUUCUAUGCGCAUUAAAAUUUGACAGUCAAUGUUUA